GAGUGAGUGAGUGAGGAAGAAGAAGAAUGGGUCUAACAGAAGAACAGAGGCAACAAAUCGAAGCAAAUCGUCAAGCCGCUCUCGCCAAACGCAAAGCAUUUCUUGAAUCCCAACAACAACAACAACAACAACUACUUUUCAAAUGCCAGAAGCUCUCUCAUUCUCGCUACUCUUCUUCAACAUCCAAACCCGCCCUUAUUCCAAAGUUCGUUGCCAGGCUCGAAAUAUGCUCUCCAGAUUCCUUCUCCGUCAUGCCUAUCCCCUCCGACGACGACAACUUCUCCGCCCUCAACGGCCUCCUCUCCGACCUCCUCCCCUCUCACUUCACUCAGAUCUCCACCGCCGUUGCCGAUGCCUCUGUCUACCACCUCUCCGACUACCUCCGCGUCCUCAACUGCCUCAAGGCAGCAUCUCACCAGAUUGCUGACGUGGAGGACAUUCCCUGGAACACGCUCAAAGCCGUUGAGACCAUGAUGCUGGCGUCUGGUGGUGGCGGCACCUGGACGCCGACCAGGCCCGAGCAUCUCACCGACGAGCAGGUCGAAGACCUCAUCGCGAAGCUUCCGAGGAGUUUGGUGGAUGCUCUGAUGCCGUUUCAGUUGGAUGGGAUUAGGUUUGGACUCAGAAGGGGUGGAAGGUGCCUCAUUGCCGAUGAUAUGGGACUCGGAAAGACCCUCCAGGCGAUUGCUAUUGCGGGAUGUUUCAUGCAUGAAGGUCCUAUACUUGUGGUUUGCCCUGCUGUUUUGCGUUUUUCAUGGGCAGAAGAAUUGGAACGUUGGCUUCCUUGCUGUUUGCCUGCUGAUAUUCAUGUUGUUUUUGGUCAUCAAGAUAACCCUGUUCAUUUAACAAGAUGCCCUAGAGUUGUGGUUAUUUCUUAUACCAUGCUCAAUCGUCUAAAGAAGAACAUGAUUGAACGUGAGUGGGCUCUCCUGAUUGUUGAUGAAUCUCAUCAUGUGCGAUGCACGAAGAAAGCCAAAGAGUCAGGAGAGACACAAGCUGUUCUUGAUGUGGCAACAAAAGUCAAGCAUAUAGUUCUGCUAUCAGGAACGCCCUCAUUGUCAAGACCAUUCGACAUUUUUCAUCAGAUAAAUAUGUUAUGGCCUGGUUUGUUGGGGACAAAUAAACGCGAGUUUGCAAAAACCUAUUGUGACAUGAAAUUUUUCAUGGGCAUCCAAGGAAAAGUGUUUGCGGAUUAUUCAAAGGGCAUUCGGUUGGUGGAGUUGAACGUGUUACUUAAGCAAACUGUUAUGAUAAGGCGUUUGAAGGAACAUGUGAUGCUACAGUUACCUCCAAAGCGGCGGCAAAUUAUAAGACUGUUGUUGAAGAAAUCAGAUAUUGUUGCUGCAAAAACUGCAGUUGGGGCAUUGACAAUUGAUGACCCUGAACGUGCAAGUGAAGACAUGCCUCUAGGAAACUCAGAUGAAGUUGAUGGGGACCUUUCUGUCCAAGAACUUGGGAUUGCAAAGCUUUCUGGGUUUCGUGAAUGGCUUUCCCUCCAUCCACUCAUAGCAGGAUCGGAGAAUUCUAAAAAGAUGAUAAUUUUUGCUCAUCACCACAAAGUUCUUGAUGGAGUACAGGAGUUUAUAUGUGAGAAAGGUGUAGGUUUUGUGCGAAUUGAUGGAAGUACUCUUCCAAGAGAUAGGCAAUCAGCAGUAGUAGCAUUUCGAUCAUCAUCAGAGGUUAAAAUUGCGAUAAUAGGUAUUUUGGCAGCAGGUUUUGGACUUGAUUUCUCAACAGCACAAGAUGUGGUGUUCUUGGAGCUACCUCAGUGCCCAACUGUAAUGCUUCAGGCCGAGGAUAGAGCUCAUCGACGGGGGCAAAAAAAUGCAGUUAAUGUAUACAUAUUCUGUGCAAAGGAUACCUCGGAUGAGUUGCGUUGGAAAAACUUGAAUAAAAGUUUGCACCGUGUUUCAAAAACAACAGAUGGAAAAUAUGAUGCAAUGAAGGAGAUAGUGGUUGAUGAUAUUUCUUACUUAGAGACAUAUUUCAAAACUGAUAGUUCUGACGAGCAAUCUGCACGUGAAAAGGCAUUAGUUGAAACACUGUUGGAUAAGAAACCUUCCCCAGUAAAUUUAAGUGAAUCUGAAGUAAAACAAGAUGAUAAAUCUGAUGAGCAGGCUUCUUUUGACAAUAACUCAAUUUCUACUGCUAAUAUCACGGUGCAGGACAAGAAAUCAAUUCCAACAGUAGAAGCAGAUGACAUGCAGCCUGACCAUCAACUAGAAACAGAUGGACAUGGGUCUAGUCAUGUUGGUUCUCUGCGUUUUGAGGUGAGCCCAUACACUGGUAGGAUCCACUUGUAUUCUUGCGUUUUGGGUACAGAUGCAAGACCGCAGCCACUUUAUGAAAAUUUCCGACCAGAGGAACUUGAGUUGCUAUGUCCUGUUUCUGAUGAUGAGAAAAAGAAGAUAGAAGUUAAAUCUGUCAAGGAGAAUCCUGUUUAUAGGCAUUCUCUCAUGGAGUUUGCACAUGAGUGGAGGAGUUUGAGGCCAAUUGAACGCAAGAAGUUACUUGGGAAACCAUUACAGCUUCCUUUGGCAGUUGAAUUAUGCUAUUUGAGUGAAAGCAAUAACCACAAUAACAAGGGGUUAUUAAAUGGUGGAAGCAAACGACGUAUGACACCUUUGGUGGAGGUCUGCCAUCCUUUACCCGAAGACGCUGUGUGGAAGAAGGUUUAUCUACGAAGUGGCCUUGGUAAGAAGGAAAAAGAAUAUACUCAAGGCUGGAGUGUGACUGAUGAACCACUGUGUAAGCUUUGUCAAAAGCAGUGCAUGGGUAAGAAUGCCAAGGCACCUGAAUUUUUCGAAGACCUGUUUUGUAACCUUGCCUGCUAUGAAGAGUAUCGCAUGAGAACAAGCAACAGAUUCUUACGUCAGGAACUUUUCCAAAUUGAACAUGGUGUCUGCACAAAUUGCCUAUUGGAUUGCCAUAAGCUUGUUGAGCACAUAAAACCUUUAUCAUUGGAAAGGCGACGAGAGUACAUUGAGAAAGUAGCACCAAAAGUCGCAAAGCGGAAGAAGAUGCUUGAGAAGCUUGUCAAUGAUCCAACUGAAGGCAAUGCAUGGCAUGCUGAUCAUAUAAUUCCAGUGUAUCAAGGCGGAGGUGAAUGCAAACUAGAAAAUAUGAGGACUCUGUGUGUGGCCUGCCAUUAUGAUGUUACCAAAGAACAGUGUGAUGAACGACGCAAAGCAAGAGCAAAUGCCAGGAAACACCUAAAAUUUGUAAUGAAUAACCUUAAAAAUGGUCUGACGGGCACUACUGUCUCUAAUGCUAAGGAGCAUGAGGCACAGGAAGGAGAUAAGCUCUUUAUCAAUGUCCCUGGAAGUGCAUAUUCUCUAGCUGAUCCCUCAGAAAGUGGAAAACAUUAAAUAUAUACAUCAUUAUUUUAUUGCUAUAGAAAUGUCCAUUAUUUGAUUUUGCAGCAGCAGCUUACCCACAUGUUUUUCUUUUGAGUAAUUUCUUUUCAUAGAAAAGCAGCAGUGUUCAACAUAUGGAUUUGGAAAAGCCACUCUAAGUCUAAGAUUAAGAUAAUCUUGGAUUUUGGAGCUUCAAUUUGCAACACAUCAUUGAUUGCAACUGCUAUUCCAAAUUUCCAACCAAUAUUUUGUAUGUAGUGUUGUAUUAGUUAGUGCUCCAUUUUGCUGACUACAUGACCAAAUUGUUUAUGGGUCAUGUUCCUAUUCUGAUGAAAUGUAUUUUAUUCUCUAUUAAUGAAAUUGUCCAUAUAUUUCAUCGUACGA